CCUGAGUUUAUUUGAAUUCAGUGAUUUUUAUCACUAACUGCAGUAAACCACCAGCAGUCAGUGUUUGGGUUAAAUGCUUUUGUGUUUGCGCGCUAGAAGAUCGCAUAGAACCCAAACAGAACCGUUCGGUCCGGCGGAAAAAUGCACCCGAUCCGACUGUCGAUCCCGUCGUUCCGUUCGGAGAACAGCUCGGCGGAGAAAGGAUUCACGGUCUUCAAAAUUGACGUGCUGGUGAAAGGCAGACUGCACAGUGUUGAGAAACGCUACAGUGAAUUCCACGCUUUGCACAAAAUGCUGAAAAAAAGCAUAAAACCUCCUGAAAUCCCUUCGAAGCAUGUCAGAAACUGGGUCCCUAAAGUUCUGGAGCAGAGGAGGCACGGCCUGGAGCUCUACCUGCAGACUGUAAUUAUGGAAAAUGAGGUCCUCCCAAAGAUAUUCCUGGAUUUCCUCAACGUCCGCCAUUUUCCGUCAGUGCCAAAAACAGAAAGCUGUGGCUCCUUUGACACAGAAUCAAUGGAAUCAAGUAAACUGUCCCAUCAGCCAGUGGUGGUUUAUCUCAGAGAUCCAUACCUGCUUCCUUCUGCACACGAUACCUUUUCCAACGUUGUGAUUGAAGGCGUGGUGGACGGCGUUUUCUACCCCGAUUUUCAGCCGAGGUAGAGCCGCCAGGAGGAAAAUGACGCGAUGCGUCUCACCAGCUUCGUUGUGCACCAGGAAGAACGUUUAAGAACAUAAUUUGAACCUCUUUUUUUUUUUUUUUUGCACAAACAUACAUCAAAAACUCACAAGUCUUCUACUUUUUUUUUUUUUUUACUAAAAUGAAUUGCUGGUCUCUGGAUAACUCACUACAUUUUAUGCAUUAGCACUAACUUAUGUUUUCCUCCAUAUUUCAUCUGAUUUUCACUUUAAAUCUCAAUUUUAAAAUGUAAAUUAUACGAGAAUUAGUCUGACGGGUACAUUUAAAUAGCUUUGGAAAAAGGUGAACAUUCUCGGUAGUUUUAGAGUUAGAUAUUGGAAUGAUAAUAAAAAUAGGCUGGAAAUGUUAGUGAACGUGUCGUAUCUUGAAGAUAACGACGUUUGAGGGUUUGAACAAAACCUUUGAUGCAUUUCUUUUUGGUCGCAAAGGAGCCGGUCGAGGGCGAGCAGCAGCAAUAACGUGGCUGUGGCUUCAUUCUGGUCACACUGACGCAUUUAAACAGAUUCUGAAGUGAUGUGUAUCCUUAUUUGUAGUUUUUUUGUUAAAUGUUUUCUCAGAUGCCGAAUGAUCUGCUCCGUUCCAAGCAGUCGUGAGCUUGGGAUCUUUAAAGAAGCACGCAGUUUGAAACCAAAACUGCAAAAGCUUUCACUGUGUGACGUAGUCUGAGUAAAUUAAAACUUGCCUUUAAUUAGAAAUGACCAUUAUACCAGCAGUGUGAAAUUAAUGGUUUAUGACUCAUUACGUCACACAGAGCCUGUUACAUAAAAAUCCCUUAUUAAAUAUCGACGCUCCUGGUAAAAUAUGCGUAAAAAGCCUUAAAUUAAAUAGUUUUUGUGGGGAGUUGUUAAUCCUGGCGUGCUACUAUUCACUCCAGUUUUAUAAACCCUUUAGCUUUUCCUCCGACUUUAGAAAUGUUGAGUUUAGUUGAAAACCUAUGUUACUGUAUCAAACACACAUUUGCCUUAUCUAAACGGCAUCCUCCUUUGAAAUAAUUACCUUUUAAAAUUUCCUCCAGACUCUGAUUAACUUAAAAAAACGUUAAUAAAGAAUGCUUCAAUUACAUUAUCUUUACUAACAUGAGUAUAUUUUUAAAAACGAUCCUUACGUUUCCCAGGUGUAUAACUCUUUAAUGUUUUUUUAGCCUCUGCUGUUUGCAUACAGGAUUUAUUGAACCUUGAUGGUACCAAACCUACGUGGCAUCAAUUUCAAUUACUCACCAAGUUUCCACUUUUUAAUCAGAUCCAUAAAAUUAAACUAAAGAAUCAUGUGUUUGUGGUGCAAUUACCUUAUUUUCCGUUAAAAUUUUUUACAUGAACAAUAAUAAGACUUAUUUAUUGUGAAAGGAAAACAAUACACAGCCUAUAGAGAUAAUCAUUUGAAUAAUUAGUUUUUUGUUUUUUUUGUAAGUGAUCUAUGCAAAACUAUUUCAGCUGAAAAACUAGUUUUGAGCCGUUGCUGUGAAGCUGCUUCUGUAAAAACGCUGUCCUGGUUAAAGUACGAUUUCCACAAAGAGGUUCUUGUUUCUACAAAAACCUGAAUCAUUUUCUUUUUUUUAUUCCUGAAAACCAGCAUCUAACACUAACUCCUUCCAUGUUACAUUAAAAAUGGGAAUAUAUCAUUAACAGGCCAGUUGUGAAGGUAUUAAUGAAGUGGACAUAAAGGGUGCUUUGUUUUAACAUGUGCAAUAUAAGACCAGACAACUACUCACCGUUUUGUAGAUGUAGAUUAAAUCUGUGACUUUGUUUGGACAGUCGUCAAUAAUCAGUUUUUUUUUUUUUCUUGGCUGGAUCUUUAUUUCUUAACAUUGAAGCAAAGAUCUCUUUUAAUUAGUAAAAGGAAGUUAAGUAAAAUCAUCCACUAAAGAUUCAUGGUGAAUAUUUUUAUGUAUUUAUUGUGUAACUGAGUGUAAAUGUCGUAUCUGUGCCAUAAUGUCAGUAAAUGCUGAAUCUACACUAAUGAAAGCUUUGUAAAAUACAAACACUAAUAAAAUUAUGAUUUACAAA